UGUCACCUUUAUUUCAUUUAGUCUGAUCUGCCGUUCGUUCGGUUCACCAAAAAAAAACGCGGAAUAAAGAUGAAUCAGACGCAGAUCCAAGUACCGGAGACGUUAGAGAAUCUGAUUAAACAACUUCAUGAAAUCUUCUCCAGUGACAAAGUCAACGUGGAAGAAGUGCACGCUCUGAUGGAAUCUUAUAAAAGCAACCCUGCAGAUUGGAGUAAAUUCGCAAAGUUCGACCAGUACAGAUACACUCGAAACCUUGUAGACCAUGGGAAUGGAAAGUUUAACCUGAUGAUUCUGUGCUGGGGUGAAGGACAUGGCAGCAGUAUCCAUGACCACUCCAAUUCACAUUGCUUCCUGAAGCUACUACAGGGACAGCUGAAAGAAACCCUAUUUAAUUGGCCAGAUGUUAAUCACAAGAACCAGGAGCUAACCAAGAAAUGCGAGAAAACCUUUUAUGAAAAUGAGUGCACGUACAUCAAUGAUACGAUUGGCCUGCACCGGGUGGAAAAUGUGAGUCACACAGAAUCUGCAGUCAGCCUUCACCUGUACAGUCCACCCUUUGACAGCUGUCAAUGUUUUGAUGAAAGAACAGGGCACAAGAACCAAGUCAAAAUGACUUUCUGGAGCAGAUUUGGUGAAAAAAAUUCUCUUGAAAUCUCGGCAUCAAAAGAAAACAACUGAACCAGACAACGGACCAAGGAAACCUGAGAAACAUAACAACUAAUCCCACUGUGAUAACAAAAGCCUCGGUGGAUAGAGUCUAAAGAAAAAAAAAUUUUGGUGAAUUGCCUUCCCAGUGAGGAUCUUACUUCUUUAAAUGAACACUUAGCCACCAGAUUCCAUUUUUGCAUGAUUUUUAAGCACAAAGGGAAGUUUGAAAAUCUUAUUGUAUUUUUACUUUGAUCCGAAAACUGCACUGUAUCUUGCCACUUUCCUUUCCCAUGGGUUCUGUCUUGUUCCUGUCUCUGCUCAUCAGGUUAUGAACUGCUUCCCCUAGCUAGAAGCUGAGGGAUUGGAAGUUUAAUUUGGGUGCCUUAUAUGUGCUGUUUGCCAGGUGCAAACAGCCAGUAAGGCAAUGUGCUCCACACUUCCUUGCAGACCACACAUCUUUCUGGGACCCACCACUACAUCAUCCAUGGGUGUGCAGUAACAGUCAUCCUAUUCCAGACUAUAGGCUUGAAAUUAUUGUUUGAGAUAUUAAUGGAUGGACACUCUUUAGGUUUGUGCAUCCAGGAAGAGAAAAGACCAUCAAGUUAUUCCAUCUUGCCUCCAUCCAUCAUCAGAUUUCGACCAUCCCUUCCACCAAACUCCUAAGGGACUAAAGAAAAUCCUCUCCAAACGCUCCUGGCAUUCAGGCUAUCCCAGGAGAGUCGCAACCCACUAAUUAUUUUCCAGAAUAUCAGUCUUGCCUUCCAAACAAUGUGAUUACCUUGUUAUCCAAAAUUCCACCUUACAUUUGCCUGAAUUAGUCACAAUGAUGCUUCCCCAUGCCCUAUUUCAGCAGAGUCAAUGGUCCAUUUAAAAUAAACAAGCUAAAACAGUGAACAAAGGAGCAUUGCAUCAACAUGUCAAACAAUUAUCCACUAAUAUCAGAAACAAUAAUUUCUAGACUCAUAAGAAGUAAUUUGAUGUCCCAUUGUAAAACUUUACAAAGUUCAUGUUGACUCUCAUUGGAACAAGAUUGUUUACUAAAAGUGAACAAUAAAGUUUAUAACUUUUGUCAGA